AUGGAGCGACAGCUCGUCUCGGCUUGCCGUGCUACUACGAUAUCGUGUACGUACAAAGCUGACAAAGGUGGAGUGCGCGGCGCUCGUCAGCGUUACUGUCAAGGCAAUGUUGCGAUCAUCCCACAGGACAUAUGUUCGCUUCGUCGAGUUAUCCCACCUUCUCUGGAGGAGGCCCGUGACCUCAUGUGUGUGCUCUUUGUGGGUCGUAACGCUGUACCCACUAUGGAGACCGUGAGGAAAAUGAAUCCUUGCCUAGUCUCGCGGCGACGGGUUGAAAUCAUGAUUCGCUUUUUGGUCGAGAACAACCAGCAUUAUAGACGAUUGGGUGUCAGUUAUAGUGCAACUAAUCUGAUGGCGAUCUGUAGCGGUCCCGGCUUUUGUGACGGCGACGAUAUCGGGGUUCCAGCUACUCUCGACAUACAACAUUUGCCAUUGGGUGAUGGCGCCACCGAAGCCGUGACUUCUCGAUACGAUCGUCCUGGGAGUGCCCCGUUCAUUAUUCCGCCUGACGCAGUAUUUAUAGAGACUACUGGUUUCGCGAAUGCUUCACAGGGUGCCAUCACGGACUCGCAGAUGAAAGCCCGUGCUUUGAAGUGGUGUCUUGAUGGUCAAUCAUUCCUAAACGUC